GUCAGCUUGAAAAACUUGCUUGGUUCUAAGAGCUGAAAUAAAUGAACAUCAAGAAGAAAUUAAAAUGCUGCAAGAAUCCAUAGGAAAUCUUACAACACAGAUGUCAUUAUUGGAAAAAGAAAAUCAUCAGAUCACUAAUAGAUCUAAAGAAAUCAAAACUAAUCAUUCAAGUGCAACAGGAAUGACAGCUGAAUUAAACAGGGCAAAUGAGAAGAUACAGAGAGAGAAAAUAGAUGUUAUGAAACUCCUUCAAGUUGUACGACGUGGAUAUGAUAAUGUUGUGAAAGGUAUUAAGGUGAUUGAAUCAGAAAGUUACACUCAAAAUAAUAUGGUAGUUGAAGUUGAAAAAGUUUUGCAACAGAUAGAGCAAGAAAUUGAAGAUAGAAAGCAAAAGUAUAACAUUCUGGCUCAGAAGAUCAAGUCCUACAAAGAAAAUUAUUCAGAAUUGAUUCAAGAAAGUUCCUCCAGAGAAGAAAUGAUCAGGUAUCUUUCAGUAGAACAUAAGAGUUGGCUUGAAGCUGUCCACUCUGUCAAGUCCGCUAUUGAUAAGUCUGUUCAACAGGUUAGAAAAGAAGAAUUAAAAAUUGAAACUAUGAAAACUUCAUCAGAUCCAUAUAAAACUAUUGAAGAAGAAUUAUUACAGAAGUUACAAGUUGCAACAGAUAAUCAUGAUGUUUUAUCCAAACAACGAAAUGACUUCCAAAAUGAAAUGAAUGACCUGAAAACAGUUUUAUUCCAGCAGACAGCACGAACACAGGAAGAAAUUGCACAUGCUGAGAGCUUGGCUCUGCAGGUUUCUAAAGUUGUUAAAGAUGCUCAACAGUUACAAGAGUUAACAAAGAAACUGUCUAAGAUGAUAACUUUAAAGGUGGUUGAAAAAGAUAAAAAAAGUGUUGAUAUUAUUCGAGCAGAAAUGCGAUUGCAGCAUAUUAAGGAUGAUUUAAAGUCCAAACAAGUGGACCAAGAAAAAAUGGAAAACUGUCUAAGUGAUAAUAAAGAAAAACUAAUGGAAAUUACUAAAUUAUACAAAAUCACCAAGCAAGAUAAAAACAGAAUUGCAGGUUUAUACCAGAUUGCUUGCCAGAAAAAAGCCCAGCAUACUGAGAAGCAUUACAUGGUACAGAGUCAAAUUGAAAUUUUAAAAAAAGAGACACUAAAGAAUCAAAAGCAAAAUAAUGACAUGUAUUUCAAGUUACUCAAUACACUAGUUUUCCGCGACCAUCUGAAGCACAAAGUUUUGAAACAGCAAGUGAGCUUAGAGGAGUUGCAAGAGCAGUGCAGUUUACAAGGCCAACAAUUGGAGCAUUUGGAAUCCAUAGUUGCAGAUGAAGAAAAAUACUUAAAACAUUUACGAGAACGAUAUGAAAAAGUUAUACAAGAAAGAAAUAGAAGGGGAUUAGACCUUAUUGAAAGAGAAAAAGAAGUUUGUAUCUUACAGCAGAAAUCACAGAUGUUGGAAAAUCUUCUCACUAAAGCACAGUCUGAAUUACAUGUAUUGGAUGAAGUGAAAAAAAUAGUGGAAAUCAGGUUGAAAGAAGAACUUCAAAAUUUGGAAAAAAUAAGAAGCAUGUCGAAAUCAGAAAUAGAGUUAAAGGUUAAAUUAGCUGAAGCUGAAAAAGAGCUAUUUAAAUGCAAAGAGAACCAGGAAAAGCUGGAAGAGAAGGUUGAGGGGAGAGUAGGUGUUUUGAACUAUGGUCUGUUUCUUUCAGGGUGUGAUCCCACAGAUGAUCAACUGAAAAAAAAAUUGAAAGAGGUGGAGAAACAACUUUAUUGGAAAGAAACAGAACUGGUAGAAAAAGAAGUGGUCUUGGCCCAAGUAUCGAGGCUGACUGAAUGCUUGAGACAGACACUAGAAAAUAAGGCACAACCAGCAACACAAGCACAAAAGAAAGUGGAUAAUUUUCAGAAAAACAGAAAGAAAGGCUUAGAGAGAAAGAUUGAAACAUUAGAUGUAGAAAUAGCAUUGUAUAAAAAGCACUCUGAGAAACUCAAAGAACAGGUUCAAGAAAUGAAAGAUAAAUUACAAACUUGCUACAAAAAUCUGAAGGCUGGUCUUCCUCCAUCAGAAGAAUUUGAACAGGAAUGGACACAAAUGACAAAAAACUUCAGAUCUACUUUUAGUAAUGAAACUGAGGACCGAGAGGGAUGGUUUGAGUCUCCCAUUGGUGCUAUAACGACAGCUGAACCUCGACCUAAUUCUUACUUUCCAGAUGGAGAUUAUGUGCUACCCAUUCCUGUACCUUAUGGGAAGUUAGCACCUUUCAAGCCAAGUGCUUCUGGUGCAAAUAUGAGGCACUUUCAAAAACCAGAUCACAAACCUAUUAUUAUGUAAAUUUCUAUUUUACUUAGCAUUAACAUUUUUGAGAGAGAAUUUAAGAAUAAAAUGUUUUUAUAAAAAUUCAAUUACAUGACAGGAUUUCAACAGUAAAGCUGGUUUUACAAAAUUCUGUACAACCUAUUGUAUGUAGCUUGAACAUUAAAAGUCUGUUAUUUGACUAAACUA